AUACGCACUCGAGAUAAUAAGAAUAAGAACACGAGAGCUCGCGCAUGAGAAGCAGCGACAACGAAUGAUAGCAGAGGGGCGGAAUGAAGACGGACGUGGUGCUGUCCACUUUUCUCUAUAUAUACUUCGCGUUAUCGCCUGUUCCCGUUUACGUUCGGAUGCGAGACUGCGCGAAAUGCCUAUACUUUUCUUACACUCCUGUUUAAGAGGAAUACGGGAGACAAGUCUCUUCCUUGAAGGUAAACUUACAUUGUGUUGAGUUACGCAAGCAUACCGCAUGCAGGAGCCAACUGGAGUUUUAAAUGCCACCCUCCGGGAUACAUAGUUACCAAUCACCCACGCUUGAACCCACGCUUGAAUGGAGCGCACAAACCAAGGAUGACACAAACGAAGGAAUUUUUUUCGACGGCAGAGUCUCGACUCGGCGUGCGAAGUCGACGAAGACGCAGCCACGCGAAAGCCUUAAACAAAGGAUCGCUCUUGAGCCUUCCAAAUUCGGAAAAGAAAAGGAACGAGCACACGACAGCACCUGUUAAACGUAAAGUAAGAAAGAAAGAAAGAUCGGGGUAUGUGUCGUGAACGCGCGGCGCCGUGGCCGCUGGACUGCCGUUUGUUCUUCGGGGCCUGGCUAACUGCUGCGCGCAUGCGCGCGUCUGCACGAGUUCCGCGAACAAUAGGCGAGCCCAUGCUGCAUCUCUUGAGUCGGGUCUUCGUCGCGCCCACAUGAGGCAGUGAGAACAGCGUUGUACCCGAUGCGGCCGGAGGGGUGCGGCCGGACAUGUUCACGAGUGUGCCUGUUGGAGAACGGAUCCUGAUCGUGGUGCUGGUGCUGAAACCUGCUCUUCUGGAUGGUGGUAAUCCUGUGGCGUGUGUACAUCCUCAAGCGGGCGCGGGACCAGAUACGACGCCAGCGGCGCCAGGCGGCUGAGGCCUUCUCCAACCCGUCGUUGGUCACGAGCCUGGCCGUGGCAAGCAACAAUGUACGGCCUCGCGCAGAGGUCGGGGUUUCCAGCCUAACACGUACUACCCAGCCGUCCAUGGUAGCGCGCCAACGACAUUAUCACUAUUGCGAAGGAACGGGUGUGCUGCCAGCGGCGACCUCCCGAGAUGGCCGCGAGCGGCCGUUCGUGUUGGCAACGCCUCGCAACGAGCUGCCGCCUCCCUACGACGAAGCCAUCAAGUACCCGUCCCUGGACUGGACAAACUCCGGCUGCGAGCUACCAACCUUGCGUGCCCCUGUCCUGGACAGUGGUGGGGGCGGAAUUGGGCCCGCGCUCCCGGCACCUCAACAGCCACUUCCCGAGCCUAGUAGACCUCCCGUUCCACCAAGGCCCAGCCGAGCGCCGCCUGCGAGGCCUAGUGCCCAGGUGGACUCAUCGGCCUCUCCUGACGCGGCCGAUCUGCCCACCUACGAAGAGCUACAGAGACGGGGCACUGUGCCCAACCCAGAAUUAGUGCUGGCCGUUGGAAGCCACAUGCGAAACCAGAGCGCUUGAACCGGCGGCCACGGUGAUCCUGCAGCCUGCAGUGACUGUACGCGUCGCUUAACAAAGCCGAGUGCGUGGCGCAGAAAGGUGUUUUGGAGGUGCGCUGCUGAUCUCAAGUGUUUAGGACGUUCUCGUUCAGUAUAUAUUGAUUCAUCUAUAGCUCACCGCAGGUCGGCUUCGAUAAACAGGGUCCCAGGCUAGGAGCAAGCUGAGAACAUAUUGCUCUAGCUCGCAGGCGUGGUUCUAGUCAUGAAUUCAGUUUGCGAUGCCACGUAUGUAUAGAGUCCGAACAAACAACUCGAUCACCUGCCGGUAAAAGCGGCGGCUUUGUUUCGAUCUCUAAAGAACUGCGGGAGCAAACUACAAGAAACAUAUAGCGGCACAUGACAAUUUCGGAAACAGCCGUCUAAGCUAGCACGGUUGGACCAGACGCCUCACGUUCUUUAGACACGUGGUCGAUAUAUGGAGCUGUAAAUUGCUCCAGGGAACAGAAUGGUACAUUGAUGAAUUCCUUGUACUAAUUUCGUAGUGCAGGCUGGUAAAGAGAGCGACAAUCUGGAUUGUGAGAGAAGUUGGAAGAACCGCCAACAGUUGACAGUAUCAAAAUAAGGCAUGAAUGCCUUCCGGGCUUCUUGAGCUGUCUUUGCAGUGGCAUGCAAACUACCAGAGUGCAGAAUCUGGCGCACCGCAAUCGCGAAGCAAGCCAAUUAAAUAAAACUUGGAGAUAUAUUAGUAGCAUCAAAGCUGUAUACAGGUGUAUGUCCAGUUCACAUCUUCCAAGUGCCUUGUCCUGAACGGCGUACACCUAAAGCCAACCUGCCCCUGCUCCAGUGAACUGUUGUACGGCAGAAGCAGAGCAUCGAGCGGACAUCAAGUUUUGUGUACUCUUGGUUGUGUCAUGACAUAACUGUGCGCGGCGAAAACCAACGUGCCUUACGAUAAUUUUUUUUUUUUUUGGCGAAGAACCGAAGUCCAAGAAGAAGAAAUUAACACGAACUGGUUUAUGUUAUCCUUGCGCUCCUAGAAUUGCCAAAGAGGUUCUUGUUUGUCUGAA